GAAACCUGAAACCCCAAUCGAUCUAACAGAGCUCAGUCCUCCAGUCUGGCCAGCUACCAAACAGAGGGAUUUCUUAAAUUUUAUAUAGGCUUAUAUUCUGCAGUCCAACUUCUGUGCAUUAUUGAGGGAUUUUAGCUUCAAGAGCCUGGACUUGCGCAUCUAAUACUUAGCUACUUUCACAAACCACAGUUUGCAGAUAGUGUGUUUCAAUUUAAAAUAUCCUAAGAUGAGCAACACAGUACAGAAAACUCCCAGAUCUGGGAGACAGUCAUUGUUUUUCCAAGAUUUGGCAUCUCCUGUUUCUGCCAGGAGAGGGAAGUUUUCAAGUCCAGGCCAGGCAGCUGCAGUAUCUGCUCUAUGGCGUGAGAACUUUGCCGGGUCAGAUCUUCCGCCUCCUCCUGUUUACACCUUGGAAGACCGCUCAGAUUUUUCUCCUGAAUCUGGAAUUCCAGAUUACCCAAUGUCUCCAGAAGUCAAAUCGGACCCCAGAACUCCGCUCCAAAGUUCUGGUCAGAAUUUUUUGACUUCGGGGAAAACCAAAUCAGAGACAAGCACUUCUUAUGCCCUGAUGGGUCCACAGCAAAACCAACAGAGUUCUGCUGGUUUGAGUUGGUGGUCAUCUGCAAAGAGUGGUAGAGAGCAAGAUGAGAAAGGAAAGAGUUCACCUGUUGAGGGUGUGGUUCAGCCUGGUGCUUUGAUCACACUUCCGCCACCAAGGGAAGUUGCAAGACCGGCGAUGCAGAGGAAUUGCUCACCCACAUGGAAUCUCGAUGUGGAAGAAUGGGUUACCGUUUAUGGGUUUUCCCCAGCUGAUACAAACCUAAUAUUAAGGGAGUUUGAAAAGUGUGGUGUGAUUUUGAAACAUGUUCCCGGUCCAAGAUAUGCCAACUGGAUGCACAUUCUGUAUCAGAAUCGAUUUGAUGCUCAGAAGGCUCUCAGCAAAAAUAGCAUGCAAAUUAAUGGGGUACUAAUCGUUGGUGUCAAGACAUUGGAUCCGAUGCAACGCCAGGCUUUGGAUGAAAGGCUUAGCAAUCAGGGAUUCAUGACCUUACCACCUACUCCACCAUCCACAAAAUCCUCGGACCUGAACACAUCAAAGGCCCCUACUCGUCCUUACUAUCUUCAAAAUGGCAAUACCAGUGCAAGGCAGUCCAGAGGGGCCAUUGCUUCCCCAACAGAAUCUUUGGCCUCCAAAAUCGUGGAUUUGAUGUUUGGAGUUUAGGCGGGCCAACAGUCUUUUAGCCAUUUAUGUGCAACGUCGCAGGUAAUUUAACAUACAGAAUAGAGUUUUAGCACUUGUAAGCUUGAAGCACUUUUUUUUUGGUCCCUCCCAUGGAGAAAUGUUUGGUUUUUUGUUGAAAUGGUGCAAGAUUGAAAGUACCAUUUAGUUCGAGGUUGAUAUGCGACUUAUGCCAUCUGGAAAGCUGUAACGUGAAAGCAACAAGAUGCCUUAGCAUGUGAAUAUCUGAGGUUGAUUUAUUUGUUAAUCUACCUACCAAUGUAGUAGGUCGUUGUAAUUGUACAGGCAAAGGGACAAUGAAACAUAAGAUCGGAAAUAUUUGUUUGAAAUUUAGCUCGUAAAAUGAAAAGCUUA